UGUCUGUCUCUCUCAGUGGCCCCAUUACCCACCGCACCCCCCAUAACUCCUCCCCCGCAGCACCCCACCCCCCAGAAGCCCCCUCUCCCCCGCAACUCCUCCUCCCCCUCCUAGAAUCCCUCCCCCCGCUCUCUACCUCCCUCCCACACCUCCCCCAUAAACUCUGCCCCCCCUCAUUCCUUCCUGGCCCCCCAGCCCCAACUCCGCCCUCCCCCACCCGCUGGCGCUGCCCACCCCGCCCUCCGGCCCCUGCCUCGGGGCUCGCUGCGUCCCAGCUCCCGGCAGGUCCCCGGCGCCAGCAUGUCCCGCUCGGACGAGGUCAACCGGCUCACGGAGAGUGUCUAUAGGGUGAUUCUGGACCAGUUCAACCCCGGCCUGAGGAGUUUUGUCACAAUGGGGAAGAGUUACCAACGAGCGCUCUCAGGGGUGACUGUAGCGGCCAAGGGUUAUUUCGACGCCCUGGUGAAACUGGGGGAAUUGGCCAGCGACAGCCAAGGGUCCAAGGAACUGGGGGACACCCUGUUCCAGAUGGCUGAGGUGCAUCGGCAGAUCCAGGUGCAGCUGGAGGAAACUCUGAAGCUUUUCCACUCGGAGUUGCUGGCCCAGCUGGAGCAGAAACUGGAGCUGGAUGUCAAGUACCUGCUGGCUACCCUGAAGAAGUACCAGAGCGAGCACCGGGCCAAGGUGGAGGCCAUUGAAAAGUGUCAAGCCGAGCUGAAGAAACUGCGCAAGAAAUGCCAGAGCAGCAAGAACCCCCAGAAAUAUGGGGACCGCGAGGUGCAGUAUGUGGAAGUUAUGAGCGCCAAGCAGAGCGAGCUGGACCGCUUUGUGGCGGAGGGAUACAAGGCUGCCCUGACGGAGGAGCGCCGCCGGUACUCGUUCCUGGUGGAUCGCCAAUGCGCUGUGUCCAAGCACUUCGGUGCCUACCACGCCAAGGUGAAGGAGCUGCUGGGGGCCAAGCUGCCCGGCUGGCAACAGUCCUGCGUCCAGCCCACCCGCCUGCCCGACCGCGCUCUGGCCCUGGUGAAGCAGACGGCCAACAGCCCCGCCGCGCCCGCCGUCUCCGACCCGCUGCCUGCCCCCCAGCCCCUGGAGGUGCCCCCGGAGCUGGCGCCCCUGCUGGGGAGUGGGGGGCUAGCCCUCAACCAUCGCGUCUCACUGCAGGAAGCGACUCCGCUCCCCAACGGCGACUCUCACCGCACCCGGGGCUCCCGUGACCUGGGGCCCCCACCUGCCAGAGAGCCCCUCACUGUCCCGCUAGGCCUGCCGGCCCCACAGCCCGCACCAGCCACGCAGACCCCCCCGCCGCCCAGGGCCAGCGACGGCUACUCUUGUACCCUGCCCAUCCCUCGCAAAGCCUCUGCGGAGACCCGCCUCGCCAUGCUCACAGAGAACAGGACCCUGCCGCGGAGCGGGGUGUGGGCCGAGCGGCGCCGGGUGCAGGCCUUGUUCUCCCAUGCACCCGGUGAGAGCAGCACCCUGCUCAACUUCCAGGAGGGCGACGUCAUUGCGCUGCUGGUGGCCGAGGCCCGGGACGGCUGGCACUACGGGGAGAACGAGGCCACGCGCAUGAAAGGCUGGUUCCCCUUCUCGUACACCCGGCCUGUCCCCCCUGCCGAGACCCCUGAGAAACCCCAUGGCAGUUUUCCCCUUAGCAAACUCAACAGCUGCAGCACGGGGACCCUGGACAAAGCGGGGUGUGUGGCCCCCAGCCUGGAGGGGGGCCAUGGGGGGGACGCCUUGCGCUACGCCCCCUCCCCCCGCCCCAGCACCUUCCGCCAGCGCCCCUAUAGCAUGAUGAACCCCGACCUGUCACAGUUAGCGAACGAAUUUGGGAGCCCCCUGAACUCCUCCCAGUCCAGGUCUAACCCCUUCGCUCACGUCAGGCUGAAGCGGACGGUGACCAACGACCGCUCGGCCCCGCUGAUCCAGUGAGGCCCUGAGGGCGCCCACCUCGCCUGCUGAAGGCCCCCCAGGGGAGAGAUGCCAGGAGCCCCCCCCGCUCAGGAAGGACUUGGGAGCUGGCGCGGGCCUCCCCCCCAUGCUUUGCAGAAGAGCAUCCCAAAAACCGGGCCCGUAUUGCGCAGCAGCGGGGGAGGGGAGGGGAUCAGGGUUCAAAUCCCGCCGGCGAUGCUUGGAGGGGGAGGCAGGAACGGAGCUGGGCCCUGGGGAGCCAGAGUGUGGGGGGGUGGGGGAAGGGAGAGAGAAGGGAGGGGGAGAGGCUGCCCCCCAAGACAGAAAUGCCUCCUGAGGGCUCUGCCUGCCCUAAAGCGACCAUUUCUAUGGGCUACGUGCAUAUCUGUCUGUCCCCCCCGUGCUUCCCUCUAUCAUCCCCCUACACACAUCCAUCCCCUGUCUACCCCCCAUGCCCCUGUCCAUCUCUGUCCUCCUGUGCACACAUCCAUCCCCCUGCCCUCCCAUCUAUCCAUCAGUCCCAGCUCCCCCAGGGGGGCUGCUAUGCCCUAGCUUUUCACUAGUCCUUUGGAGCAGCCCAUCAGUGCCAGGCCCCAUGCCCUUCCCCCGUUCCAAGACUGAGCCCCUGGGCUCCAGCCCCCUCUUCCCCCCAGGAGCUCUGCCCAGCUGACCACCCCCCAAGCCAGCCCCUCACCCUCUGCAGUGCCCCCUGACAGCGCUGCCCGGAUGUGGGGAGCCCCGAGGUUUGCCACCCAUGGCAGCCUUGGCCCAUUGUCCCUGCUAGGCUCCAGGCCGGAGCGUCCCCUCCUUGGGGGUUAAUUGCCCAACAUGUAACCGGGGCAGGUGGCUAAUGGGAGGCUGGUUUUUAAGCCCAGCAUCAAUGCCAGGCCAACAGGGUGAAACUUGAGGGCAGAGCAGAAGGCGCCGAGAGGUGGGGGAAGGUGGGUUGGGGGGGAAGGGAAAUCCCGCUCUCGCCCAGCGGCUGGAAUCCGAGGGGGGUACCUGACAUGUGGCCAAGGGGGUCGGUGGGUCUAGCGUCCUUGGACAAGGCUCUGAAGCAAAGCAGGCCGGGCCCAGAGGGAAGGGGGCUGGUGGUGCAGUGGGUGAUGAAAAGAAAGGAGACAAAGGGGUGGUUUUCAGACCGGAGCGCAGUCGAGCUGGGAGUCCCCCAGGGGUCUGCGCUGUGCAGAGUACUUAGAAAGGCAAAAGAGGCGAACGCCAAGCGAACACUUGCAGACGAGACAAAAUGACUUCGGAUCGUUAAGUCCAAAGCGCCCGGUGAAGAGCCCCCAAAGAUCUCACAGACGGGGGGACGGGGUGUGAUAAACGCGACGUGGGAAACCGUCGUCCCAGCCGUACGCAUGCAAGGAAGGGAUCUAGAUUAACAGAGAUGGCGGAGUCAGGAUCGGUCGCUGCAAACGCCACGUAAAAGGAGGCUAGGGACCACGAGGAAAGGGGGGAGAAUCGGACCGACAAUACCCUGAUGCCGCUCUAUAAACCGAGGGCGUGCCCAGCCCUUGAAUUCGGCGGGCAGUUCGGGUCGCUCCAGCUCCAAAGAGAUUUGUUAGCGUUGGGAAAGGUGUGGAGAAGGUCAGAGAAAUGAUGUGGGGCUGGCACAGCUUCUGGCUGAGGAGAGAUGAAAAGGACAGGCACGGCUCAGGUUGGGGGAGAGAUGGCG